AUGAGGAAACAAGAAAUCAGACAGUCUAAACAACUGGUGGAGAUGAUAACCGUCAAAAUUAUGAAAUGUCACCAUCAAUUCUCAUCUGGACACACAAGAAAACAAAUUGCAUCUGAUCUGAAGAAUAUACUGAAGAAAACAAUGCUAGCGAAACCACAGCAUACAGCAGCUACAAUUGAAGAGGGAAAAUCAGCUCAAACUCCAAAACAAAACAUAGGAGAACACAGUGAUUCAGUGAUGCCACCUCCACGUGGGUCCCACUGUCUGCCGAAAGUGGAGCGUGAGAACACGCGCUUGGAGCAUUCGAAAUUCAAUACACAAGAAAGCAAAUCAAUUAUUACAUCGAAGGCCAAGUAG